CAGUUCACCAGUCUAACGUGUACUACCUGGACCAAGAGGACCGUGAUGAUCCCGACACGGACCUCUACCUCACACAACCCUAUGCCAGUGGAUCUGUGUUUGCCUUCAGCAUCCUGAAUGCCCUCAUGUGUACAACAUACUUCAACGACAACAUCCUGAUGCUGGUCCGGACGCUAGUGACGGGAGGCGCCACGCCGGGCCUGGACGAACAGCUGGCGGACGAGGAUGCGCUGAGGGGCAGUGUCCACGCCCAGGAUAACGUCCACCAACGCAACCGCUGCAAGCUGGCCCGCAUCACCUUGUGUGACCAGCGCUUCAGCCAAUUCGCCAAAGGUGGCAAGUAUGGAGACCUGUUUUCCAAGGCCCUGCAAGACUACGGGAUACUCUGCUUUGGGAUCUUCCGUCUGCAGGAUCCCGCUAAACAGUCCAAGAAGCGGUUUGUCAUUACGAAUCCCCCCUCUUCCUUUGAGCUGAACGAGAUGGACUUUAUCAUGUGUACGGUGCCCUUCUAUGACACGGAGACCAUGUCCACCAACCCUUACUGCCAGAUGAACUACUCCUCCAAGUUCAUCCCUCUGCAGGCCGUGGCCAGGCACUCCUCCACCGUCAUAAGGCCGGUCCGGUUAGAGAGGACCAUGUACGGCCUCGACUACGCCGACCAAGCUCACCUGAAAGUGGAGAAGGACAGGGAGGCGUUUGAGAAGGCCAGUACUGCUGAGUCCGAGGAGGCCAAGCUGAAGAGGUCGUUGGAGCAAUACCGCGAGAGGCUGAAGUCAGUCGGCGUGCACAGCGGCACCAAAGAUCGGCCCAAGCCCACCACCCUGAUCGCUGCCGUUCACACCUACAUCGAAGAGCUCAAAGCCAAGGCGGAGCCCUCCCCCGUCAAACCCAAGGAAGUAGAGGUUCAAGUCAUAUUUAGUGACGAAUUUACAGAACUCUCCAGGAUGGCACCCACCGACGAAUCUAGCCCAACCACCACUAGCCAAGAGCCCUCCACCACACCUGCAACAGCUGUAAAAUAUGGAAUCAUAACACCUGGACCAGCUGCAAAAUCUGGAGCUACAACUCCUGCAACAACUGGAAGUAGAGCUACAACACCUGGAACUAUAACACCUGGAACAGCGGUAAAACCUGGAACUACAACUCCUGGAACAGCUGGAACUAGAGCUACAACACCUGUAACAGCUGAAACUGCAACACCUGGAACAGCUGUAAAACCUGGAACUACAACUCCUGGAACAACUGGAACUAGAGCUACAACACCUGUAACAGCUGGAACUAGAGCUACAACACCUAUAACAGCUGAAACUGCAACACCUGGAACAGCUGUAAAAUCUGGAACUACAACUCCUGGAACAGCUGGAACUAGAGCUACAACAUCUGGAACAGCUGGAACUGCAAUACCUGGUACAGCUGUAAAACCUGAGGCAACAACACCUGGAACAACUGGAACUGCAACACCUGGAACAGCUGUAAAACCUGGAGUGACAGCAUCUGGCACAGCUGGAGCUGGAACAGCUGGAAAACCUGAAGCGACACCACCUGGAACAGGUGGAGCGACAACAUCUGGAACAGCUGGAACUGCAACACAUGGAGCAGAUGUUAAACCUUUAAUUACAACACCUGGAACAGGUAUUAAACCUGUAAUUACAACACCUGGAACAGAUGUUAAACCUGUCACAACAACACCUGGAACAGAUGUUAAACCUGUAAUUACAACACCUGAAACAGAUGUUAAACCUGUAAUUACAACACCUGGAACAGGUAUUAAACCUGUAAUAACAACACCUGGAACAGAUGUUAAACCUGUAAUUACAACACCUGAAACAGAUGUUAAACCUUUAAUUACAACACCUGGAACAGGUAUUAAACCUGUAAUUACAACACCUGGAACAGAUGCUAAACCUGUAAUUACAACACCUGGAACAGAUGUUAAACCUGUAAUUACAACACCUGGAACAGGUAUUAAACCUGUAAUUACAACACCUGGAACAGAUGCUAAACCUGUAAUUACAACACCUGGAACAGAUGCUAAACCUGUCACAACAACACCUGGAACAGGUGUUAAACCUCUAAUUACAACACCUGGAACAGAUGUUAAACCUGUAAUUACAACACCUGGAACAGAUGUUAAACCUGUAAUUACAACACCUGGAACAGAUGUUAAACCUGUAAUUACAACACCUGGAACAGGUAUUAAAUCUGUAACUAUAGCACCUGGAACAGAUGUUAAACCUGUAAUUACAACACCUGGAACAGAUGCUAAACCUGUAACUACAGCACCUGGAACAGAUGUUAAACCUGUAACCACAACACCUGGAACAGAUGUUAAACCUGUCACAACAACACCUGGAACAGGUAUUAAACCUCUAAUUACAACACCUGGAACAGGUAUUAAACCUGUAAUUACAACACCUGGAAUAGGUGUUAAACCUGUAAUUACAACACCUGGAACAGAUGCUAAACCUGUAACUAGUACACCUGGAACAGAUGCUAAACCUGUAACCACAACACCUGGAACAGAUGUAAAACCUGGAGCUGCAACACCUGGAACAGCUGGAGCUGUAACACCUGGAACAUCGGUAGAACCUGGAGCCACAACGUCGGAGGAUAAAGUUGAGAGCAAGGCAGUGGAACCAGAUGCCAAACCUGAUGGCUCAAAAUGAUUCCGUCCUCUGAAGAUCGGCAAUAGUUUGGGCCGAGUUAUAUUAUAACCAAUCUGUAUUCCCCGUAUAAGUUAUCAAUAAAAUGCCACCUUUAACCCUGCAG